CAUUAUUCUUCUCACAUUUACUACCACUUGAAAUUUCACUUUUUUUUUUUCCUCAUUUCAUUGCAUCUCAAGUAUAUGGAAUCUUUUUCAGAACAUGUUUUGUUUUCUCUCUUUCACUAUAUUUUUUAUUGCUCGCCCACUUUAAAAGAGAUAUGGGUGGUCAUGACUCAUGACAGAAAUACCACUAUCAAUCCCACAGACUAUUUCCCAAAGCACACUCAUUCUUCAAACUUCAAACUGAAAUACAACAAUAAAGCUUUUCCUCAGUUUCACUAAUUUCUUCUGCUUUUAAAAAAAAUGGAGAAAACUGCAGGAAAACCCAUCAGAUGCAGAGCUGCAGUAUGUAGAGCAGCAGGAGAAGCAUUGGUGAUAGAAGAGAUAGAAGUGGCGCCACCUAAAGCUUAUGAAGUUAGGAUCAAAAUUUUAUGUACUUCUCUUUGUCACAGUGAUGUUACCUUCUGGAAAAUGCCUAGUUCUCCUAUUUCGAUAUUUCCAAGGAUAUUUGGACACGAAGCUGUCGGUGUGGUUGAGAGCGUGGGAGAAAAUGUAAUGGAUGUAAAAGAGGGAGAAGUAGUGGUGCCAGUGUUUUUUGCAAAUUGCGAGGACUGCAGGGAUUGUAAAUCCAAGAAGAGCAAUGUUUGUACAGCUUUCGGAUUUAAGACAGCUCAAGGAAUGCCUAGGGAUGGAACCAGCAGAUUCACGGAUUCCAGUGGAGAAACUGUGCAUAAUUUCUUCGGGGUUUCAAGCUUUAGUGAGUAUACGGUUGUGGAUAUUGCUCAUAUUGCCAAGAUCAGUCCUGAAAUUCCUAUUGACAAGGCUUGCUUGCUUAGUUGCGGUGUCUCAACUGGGGUUGGUGCAGCUUGGAAGGUGGCCGAUGUAGAGGCAGGGAGCACUGUUGCAAUCUUCGGCCUCGGAGCGGUUGGGCUUGCGGUUGGAGAGGGUGCAAGAAUACGCGGGGCUUCUAAAAUUAUUGGCGUCGAUUUAAAUCCAGAAAAAUUUGAAAUUGGGAAAAAAUUCGGAGUGACUGAUUUCAUCAAUCCAAAGGAUUGUGGGGAGAAACCAGUCAGUGAGGUAAUAAAAGAAAUGACAGAUGGAGGUGCUGAUUAUUGUUUCGAGUGCAUCGGGUUAGCUUCCGUAAUGAACGACGCCUUCAGUAGUUGCCGUGGUGGAUGGGGGAAGACAAUCAUAUUAGGUGUGGAAAUGCAUGGUGCACCAUUAAACAUCAACACAUAUGACCUGCUGAGAGGGAAAUGGAUAGAAGGUUCAUUCUUUGGAGGCAUCAAAGCUAAAACUGAUAUUCCACUCCUUGUACAAAGUUACCUUAACAAGGAACUUCAUUUGGAUGGAUUCAUAACUCAUGAAAUCGGUUUUGAAGAAAUCAACACAGCAUUUGAUUUACUCAUUCAAGGGAAGAGCUUAAGAUGCAUUAUUUGGAUGAAAAAAUAGACAAUUGCUUUAUGAACGGAACAUAGUGAAUUGUAUCUUAAAUACCACAUGAAUUUUCAUGAAUCCGUGAGUACUGUGAAUGCGUAUAUUACACUAGCAAAAGCUAUAGCGAAAAUAGGGAAAAUGCCCCAAAAUCGAAUGCAAUCUUGGAAAAAUGCCCCAAUCUGUUAUCUUUUCCAUCCAAAACUGUUAGAAGUCAAUUUGUGCACAUGUAAGUCUUCCCAUGCGAACAAAAGACAAGAAAAUACCCUUACUGGUUUAGAUGCUGCAACGUUACUAGACUACCAGAUUUC